ACAACGUGACAUCCAAUAGGCUGGAAACUCGUGGGGUACCGCGUGUGAAACCGAUGGAACCUUGACAUUUUGACGCGCUGCUGAGCUCUCUCUGAGAUGAUGUUUGUAUUUUGCGCAAAAGUGGAAGUUGUUGAAAAUCGUGAAGUGCCAAAUGGGAUUCUCGCCUCAUCUGCUGCGCUUGGAAAUUAGCCGGGACUCGUCCUGCUUCGCAUCCAUGAACUUUUCGGAACACCGCGCGCUGCCGCAUCCUUCACGCAGACAAUGAGGAUGAGUCGCCGAUCCAGGACCCUUCUCUCGGUUACCUUGAACUUCUUCGCCCUGUUUUUCUCCAUAACCGCAUUCAUAACUACUUACUGGUGCGUGGGGACCCAGAGAGUCCCCAAGCCAAAGUGCAGCAAGCUGCGGACGCACCAGUGUAUAGACUACGGAGUGAACGAAACAGACCCCAACAAAGUGGUGUACAGCUGGGAGACCGGAGACGACAGGUUUCUGUUCCGUCAGUUCCACACCGGCAUCUGGAUCUCAUGCGAGGAAAAUAUUCACGAUGAAAGUGAGAGAUGUCGAAGUUUUAUUGAUUUAGCCCCUGCUUCAGAAAAAGGGAUGCUGUGGUUGUCACUUGUUUCUGAGAUGUUGUACAUUAUUCUGCUGGUGGUUGGCUUCAGCCUCAUGUGUUUGGAGCUCGUCCACUCCAGCAAUGUUAUUGAUGGACUCAAACUCAAUGCCUUCGCUGCUGUCUUCACAGUGCUUUCAGGUCUUCUUGGCAUGGUGGCUCAUGUCAUGUACACACAGGUUUUCCAGGUCACCGUCAGCCUUGGCCCACCGGAUUGGAGACCCUACAACUGGGACUAUGGCUGGUCUUUCUGCAUGGCCUGGGCUUCCUUCACCUGCUGCAUGGGUGCGUCUGUCACCACCCUCAACUCCUAUACGAAGACGGUCAUUGAGUUCAGACACAAACGCAAGACCUUCGAGCAAAGCAUUCGGGAGGAGGACGCACGGGAGGCAUUCGGAUAUUUCCGGGAGCACUCUGUGCACUCCAUCUCCAAAUCUGUGGAUUAUUACACCAGCCAGAACCUAACAAGUGGCAGGAAGACUCCCAUACCAGCUGGCUCCCUGGACUUCAGUGAUAUUGCAAACUCUUUGGGGGAAGAGCAGUGCUGAGUGAGACAGGACAGUAGGUGGUGACAUUUCUCUCAAUGUGUCACUUUGUUGGACUGAAGCAUAGCUGUCCAUCUUUGGUAAGUGUUCACUUUGGGAUGAACGCCUAUAGUGGGGAAAACCAUUUGAUACUCUGCCGAUUUUUGCAAGUUUUCCCACCUACAAAGAAUGGAGAGGUCUCUAAUUUCUAUCGUAUGUACACUUCAACUUUGAGAGAAAGAAUCUAAAAAAAAAAAAAUCCAGAAAAUCACAUUCAUAACUUUUAAAUAAUUAAUUUGCAUUUUAUUACAUGAAAUAAGCAUUUGGUCAUGUAGAAGAAUUCUGGCUCUCACAGACCUGUUAGUUUUUCUUUAAGAAGCCCUCCUAUUCUGCACUAAUUACCUAUAUUAAUUGCACCUGUUUGAACUCGUUACCUGUAUAAAAGACAC